ACAUUGAAGAAAGUCUACGAGCUAACAAGGCAAUGCAUUCCAUUAGUUCGGAGGGAAUCAUCUGAACGGACUAUGAAAAGGAAAACAAGGCAAUCUAAUCUCCAUUCGUUGAGAUCUCUACAAUUCUCAUUUAAAUAUCUUUUCGACACUGUGGAUGUUUAGGAUUUUGCAUCUGCUCUCAGUGUAACCUAUCUGUUGUAUACAGUCUAUUUCCCCUGUCUCGUAUAUUUGCCUAUUUCAAAAUCUAUUCAUUUCUGAGAAUAUUACAGAUAAGGAUAACUCCACCGUACGAGCUCAGAGCGAUGUCUUUUAACAACUAUUGGUUAAAGUUCGCAGGGUGGAGCUUCUACACCACGUGGUUGUAGGAAGCCGGCGUUUACAUUGGAGGCCGGAGCAUGACCGCUCUGAAGUUUGAAGACUUAUUUUUUUUUCCCGACGGGAUUUGGACUAGUAAGGCUGUCUUUUUGUACUUUCAGUCCCUAAAGGGAUCAGCAUGCCGCAACACAACUGUAAUGAUGACUUACCAUCAUCAUGUGGCUCCGAUUUCUGCAUCAUAAGGAAGUCCUGAAAAGUUUCUCCUUUGUCAUAAAGUUGCCAAGUUUGUUCUUAUUUUUUUACGAUUAGGUUAGCGAUUUUGGUAACAAAGUACGUGCUGUCCUUCAAACAAACCGAACGUAUUGUUUUUAAGCCGCAAUAUCAGGUAGCUAAUAUAAAAAAACAACUCGUCAUAUAGCCAAAGAAGAAACUGAAGUGCACCCGCACGUGACUUUUUCCCCAAAAAGGAGAACUGCUGGUGUUACUGAAGAUCAAAGGAUCUGACGGGUAACAAAACAACGAGUUUAUCUUCGGGUUUUUGUCGGACCUUGAUUCUCACAACCGAUAUCUUCUUUCCCGUUUGCUCAACCGGUGUGCAGUAAAACGUCUAGCAUGAGAUAACUGUGUAUCUCCUAACAGCCGUGGUGUUCUUUCUCAGAGAGACAUUCAUAGAAAAUACUACAGGGCUCUUCCUGAAAAGGUUUCCGGGUCCCAGAAAUCAAGGGGGAAAAAAAUCGAACUGACCGAGAAACAUGAACGAGACGCCUGCCUCCGAGAAAGAUGCUUCGGAUCUGGAAAAAGCAAAAAUCAUUCAUGACCCCAAAUCUCCGGCUGACGUCCAGAAACUCCCCAAUGGGAACGAGGAUGGCUCCCUAGCUACCCACCUGUACCGAAGGCGAUGGUUCAUCGUCUGUCUGUUCAGUUCUUACUCUCUCUGCAAUGCGUUUCAGUGGAUCCAGUACGGCAUCAUCAAUAACAUCUUCAUGAAGUUCUACAACGUGGACUCCUUCACCAUCGACUGGAUGUCCAUGAUCUACAUGCUGACCUACAUCCCUUUCAUAUUCCCCGUUACGUGGCUGUUGGAUAAGAAGGGGCUGCGGGUCAUAGCUCUGGCCGGGUCCGCCCUGAACUGCGUGGGGACGUGGAUCAAGGUGGCGAGCGUCAGACCCGACCUGUUCGGGGUGACGAUGUUGGGACAGUUCACCUGCUCGCUGGCCCAGGUCUUUAUUCUCGGGAUGCCGUCCCGGAUCGCCUCGGUGUGGUUCGGCUCGCGUGAAGUGUCCACGGCGUGCUCCAUCGGCGUCUUUGGAAACCAGCUUGGCAUCGCUGUCGGGUUCCUGAUUCCUCCUGUUGUGGUGCCCAACCUAGAUGACCUGGACCAGUUGGCCCAUCACAUCAGCAUCAUGUUCUACGGGACGGCUGCUGUAGCAACAAUUCUCUUCAUCCUAGUGAUCAUUGUGUUUCAGGAGAAGCCGGAUCUUCCCCCUACGCAGGCUCAGGCUACCAUCAGGAGCUGCCCCCCGGAGAACUAUUCUUACAUUCAGUCCAUCCUGCGUCUCCUCAGCAACCGACCCUUCAUCCUCCUCAUCAUCACCUACGGAUUAAACGUUGGCUGCUUUUAUGCUGUAUCCACGCUGCUGAACAGGAUGAUUAUUGAGCACUACCCUGGUGAGGAGGUGAAUGCUGGGAGGAUUGGCCUUACUUUAGUCAUUGCUGGUAUGGUGGGUUCUCUCAUCUGUGGCAUUUGGCUCGACAAAACCAAAACCUACAAACAGACGACGCUGGCUGUAUACUUGAUGUCCUUCGUUGGGAUGAUCGUGUACGCUUUCACCCUUGGCCUGGGACACCUGUGGGUGGUGUUCAUCACAGCCGCCUUGCUGGGUAUCCUGAAUGGAAAAGAAGCUUGGGCUCUCACUACGGGUCUCUCUUCCCAGGUGUUUGGCAUCAUCUUUACAAUCGCCCAGGGGAAGAUCAUUGACAAUUUCGGGACGUUAAAGGGAAACAUUUUCCUUUGUGUGUUUCUGCUGAUCGGGACCAUUAUUACAGGUUUGAUAAAAUCCGAUCUUCGGAGACAGAAGGCAAAUAUGUCGGCCGCAUCCCGCGCAACAGACUCGCGCUCUCCACCUCUGGAUUAUGGUGCUGUCACUCCCAUCAACCCCUUGCACCUCCAGCACUGAUCAGUAGCCCCACCACACUAAACACAAACGCAGGCUUGUCAAGAAUUUAGUAGAUGAUGCGGAACGAUCCAUCUCUUGUCCGGUAAUUGUGGAAGAGUCCAAGCUGUAGAGCACCGGAGGAGGGACAGCCAGGCACAAGGACGGAGAUGGGGAAGUACUAUACAUCCUUCCUCCUUCCCCUGGCCAGGCCUGUUGGAGGAAGGGGAGAGAUAACUAGGUCUGUGGGCUUCCAAACUUGACUCGUCACGAGAUGCAUGGAAAAGAACUUGACAACCGGGUUUUUCCUCUUUAAUUUUGUUUACUGGACUGAUCUGAUGUUUUUCUAACAGUAUUUGAUUUUUUUUAAUUGACAGUGUUUAUACAGCAGGCCCUCGUGCUGGCCACUCCUCGGCAUGAAGAGACCUAAAUUAUCAUUGAAGAGAUGUGUGAAAUACAGGCCUUGAGACUGGAAUCAUGCUUUGGCUGAUAGGUGUUCACAUGUUUUAAUCAAUUCUACCCUAUGUGAAAGGGGAAAAAAAAUCUGAUUUGUUUUUAAGGAGGGAUAAUUAAAGGUAGAAAGCUUUUGGGAUGUUAUGCACAAACCGUAUUAAAGGCUGCACACUCAGCAAUUACCUCAGACAAUAGCUUACGUUAAGAUUCUCUGCUGUUUCAUUGGCUACAUACUUUGAAAACCAAUGUGCUUGGGAUAAGUGUUUUUGGGAAUCUACUUAACCCAAUUCCCCCCAGAAUAGCUGAACUUUGCUGCUCAUCUGUUGCACAAUGGAAAAGCUCCUGUUGCUUCCAGUGGUUAGCAUCACUAGUCCUAAAGUGCAUCAGUUACAGAUUAAUUGACUCCAUUAGGUAUGCAUUUAUAUACACUGACACUCUUAAAAAUAUAUAUGUUAUAAUAGAUUAAAAACGGUAAAUGUAACUACCAUAUAAGAGCAGAUAAGGCCCGUAAAUUCCUGAAAUAUGCAUUACAGUAUAUGAUAUUGUAUAUUUUAAAAUAAAAAUGUGCGGAUUAGGGUAAGAUAUAAAGUUCAAAUAAAAGGAUUUGUGCAAAAUCACUUUGUUUAAAGAAAAAUAUGUAAGGAGUUAAAGAAUAUUCUGUUAUCAUGUUUGUAAAUUUGUAGUCUAUUGUAGUUAUUUUGCAAACUUUAGCCUCUGUAAUGCUGGGAGCCUUGAUUACUACUACAAAGUUAUGUGCUUUAUAUCUAGUGAAGUCUCAAAAUAUCAUUGUGUCAUAAAACUGCAGAAUGCAAAACACUCACUUUUUUCUGUAUUUUGAAAACAUGCCUCUGUAAUGCUGGGAGCCUUGAUUACUACUACAAAGUUAUGUGCUUUAUAUCUAGUGAAGUCUCAAAAUAUCAUUGUGUCAUAAAACUGCAGAAUGCAAAACACUCACUUUUUUCUGUAUUUUGAAAACAUGCCUCUGUAAUGCUGGGAGCCUUGAUUACUACUACAAAGUUAUGUGCUUUAUAUCUAGUGAAGUCUCAAAAUAUCAUUGUGUCAUAAAACUGCAGAAUGCAAAACACUCACUUUUUUCUGUAUUUUGAAAACAUGACACUUUAAAGGCGUAUUUUGUGCUAUAGUAUUUGUUUUCUUCAUAAAAAUACUGUUGGUAGCAUUCUGCAUCCAUAAAUACAUGAACACUGGGGCAAAGAACUAACUUGGGGAUGAAUACCUAUUGGGACCAUAUACUGUAUACGGCAGGGAUCUCAAAUUCGAUUCCUGGAGUGCUUAGUGUCUUCUGAGUUUUGUUCAACUAAAGCUAUUAAACGGGGCCAAAUGACUACCUGUUUGUAAUUAUUCUUAUUUUCUUUCAGUUACAGAGCUGAUCUAGUUAUUUUGUUAAAUUCAAAACUGUAAUACAACCAGGAGUAGGUAGGUGACUAUAUCUAUGAUUAUUUGAAUGUUUUGGGUCAUGAGUUCCAAAAUGCCUAAAGAAGAAUCAUGUAUAUACUGUAUGUAACUAAGAAAAUAAUUAGGUUAAUUGACUACUCGGGUUAGACAAAAACCAUCAGGUACUCCAGGAAUUGGAUUUUGAGACUUACACAUUCUUAGCUGUGGGAAUUUGAGCUAAACUGAGAAUAAUGACUUUGUUGUUGAAAACUAAACAUACUGUAUUUACUUGUCUCUGUGACACUAACUAAAUGUAUAACAUCUAUUUUUUUUCUGGAAACCUAAUCUGUAAUAAAUGUGGUAAAAUCUGUGACA